CCUAGCUGUAUGAUCAAUUCAGGCCACACUAUUGGCCCGGUCAAGCUCAACAUAUUCCUCCGCGCCGCGCAGCUAUGGGAUUCUCUAAGCCCAAAGUCUCGCUCUCGCAGAAUUUCCCGUGUCAGUGCAUCAUAUGUUCGAAUAAGGGAUGGCGUUUUGAUUCUCAAGCCAUGUUAUUCACUUUUAUAAAUGAUUGGAAAGUCGUAAAUCUAGUUUGAUUCUCGGUACUCAAGGCGCAAUUGUUGUUUGGAUUUUGUUUUUAUCAACAUUAUUAAAAUUUUGGACUUAUCUGUUUUCGAUCAUGGUGGCGUCGACCGCGACUAGAACUUCGGAGAAUGUCCUCGCGGCGUUAGCCAAGAAGGUCUACGGUGCCGUAGGGUUUUCCAAAGGCUACAACUUCUGGCUCUGGUUCAUUCUUGGCGGUUGCUUUUCCGGUUUCUCCUUUUCGCGGCUGAAAUAUCUUGACUUCUACAACAGCUUCUGCGGCAGCUCAAACCCAGGCGGUCGUGAUCUCGCUGUGCCUGGAGAGUGCUUUUACUAUCUAACUCAGAGAUACUAUGGGGUCGGAAUUGUCGCGCACUUAGCUACUAUCUUGCCUGCCAGCCUGUUAGCAUGCAUUCAAUUCAUCCCGGUGGUUCGACGCAAGGCGAUGGGACUGCAUCGGAUUAUUGGCUGGAUCACUGUCGCCCUUUCGGUCCCCGGCUCUAUUACAGCUUUGAUGAUUGCGCCACGAUCCCAGGGUGGCGGACUCGAUACACAAUCUAUGGUGGCCGUACUCGGUGUUAUGUUCCUCUUUUCCCUGACCCGUGGUUGCAUUAGCGUGAAGAGGCACAAGAUCGCGGAGCAUCGGGCCUGGAUGUUGCGUGCCUGGGUCUAUGGAGGCUCUAUUGUUACCAUGAGAGUUAUCAUGGUCGUGGCUGUUGUAGUCAUAUCUAUGAUAGGAGGUUUCUAUUAUGUCGAGCCCUGUGAUAAGAUUAAUUUUAUGCUGAAGGGUGAAAAUGCAACUUUGGCGGUGUAUCCAGAUUGCGCCCCUUUCUUAUCAGGGGAAGAUCCUGACCGUCAUAUCGCCGUGCUUGCGUCUGUUUUUCACAGGGAAAAUCCGGUGCAAGUCGCUGCAGCGCUAAACCUUGUAUUUGGCACGUCAGGGUGGAUGGCAAUAUUUCUGAAUACCCUUGGUGUCGAGCUUUAUCUUCGCUCAGAACCAGCGCAGCAUAGUGCAAAAAAAUCGAAUUAAGCCGAUUAUAAUCCAGCUUUAGGCCAUAUACCUACUAGGUAGAUAGGAAAGUUGGGUUUCAAGUGUAUUUAUCGUAGGAAGAAAUUCGUGAUGCUAUUAGAAUAAACUGAAGCUAGCGCUUGUUGAAUUUAUCAUUUUUAUCCUUGAA